CUCCCUUAUUUCACCACACACACACACAUCCAUAUUGUCGCGCGUGCUUGAGCUUUCUGCUUCUUCCCUUCGCUUGUGCUGGCUCCUCCUUUGUGCGCAUGUGCAACUCACUCUCUGCCUUACCCCCCUCUCCGCCCCGUCCGUUCUGUGUACACUCAGUAUUAUCAUUCUUCAUUGUAGUAAGACUCGAUUACAAUAUAUUGGUUGGCGUCGCCUGCCCGCCUCCUCUCCGUCAUCCUGUCCACCAAGAGCCCCUCCCUCCCUUUGACGCGUCGAGCGGUGGGCGGAGACAGCAGGAGGAUUGGGGGCGGCCCAAGAUGGCGGCUGCGGCGCUGCUGCUCCUGGUGACGAGGGGCCCGGCCCGGCGCGAGCCACAAUAGAGAGCGCGAGCGAGUUGGGGAAGGAGCGGCCGCGCGCGCUCUCCCCCCGCUCUUUCUCUGGCGCGCGCUCUCUCUGUCUGUCUGUCCCCGUCCCUUCUCUCCCUCCCUCUCUCUCGUUGGUCCUCCUCAGCCGGUCUAGCAUGGUGCGGGUCCGCCGCUGCUUGGCCCCCUCCGCCGCCCCGACCUGACCUCUCCUCUUCCUCCUCCCGCCUCCUCCGCGCCCGAGUCUCUUUCGCCGCCAGCAUGGGCGAGAGGCUGGAGCUGCGGCUCAAGUCGCCCGUGGGAGCCGAGCCGGCCGUCUACCCCUGGCCCCUGCCCGUCUACGACAAACACCAUGAUGCUGCUCACGAAAUCAUUGAGACAAUUCGGUGGGUUUGUGAAGAAAUUCCAGACCUCAAGCUUGCUAUGGAAAACUACGUUUUAAUUGACUAUGAUACUAAAAGCUUUGAAAGCAUGCAAAGGCUUUGCGACAAAUACAACCGCGCCAUCGAUAGCAUUCACCAGUUGUGGAAAGGAACCACCCAGCCCAUGAAACUGAACACUCGCCCUUCCAAUGGGCUCCUUCGCCACAUCCUACAACAAGUCUAUAACCACUCGGUGACCGACCCGGAGAAACUCAACAACUAUGAACCCUUUUCCCCAGAGGUGUAUGGAGAGACUUCCUUUGACCUGGUUGCUCAGAUGAUAGAUGAAAUAAAAAUGACCGAGGACGACCUGUUCGUAGACUUAGGCAGCGGUGUGGGUCAAGUCGUUCUUCAGGUAGCUGCAGCUACAAACUGCAAGCACCACUAUGGUGUGGAGAAAGCUGAUAUUCCAGCCAAAUAUGCUGAGACGAUGGACAAAGAAUUCCGAAAGUGGAUGAAAUGGUAUGGGAAAAAACAUGGCGAUUACACACUGGAACGAGGUGACUUCCUCUCAGAAGAAUGGCGAGAGAGGAUUGCAAACACAAGUGUUAUUUUUGUCAAUAACUUUGCCUUUGGUCCUGAGGUGGAUCACCAGCUGAAGGAGCGAUUUGCAAACAUGAAGGAAGGUGGCCAGAUUGUAUCCUCGAAACCUUUUGCACCGCUAAACUUCAGAAUAAACAGCCGAAACUUGAGUGAUAUUGGCACUAUCAUGAGAGUCGUCGAACUGUCACCACUGAAAGGGUCUGUCUCGUGGACCGGGAAACCGGUUUCUUACUACCUGCAUACUAUUGAUCGAACCAUACUUGAAAACUACUUCUCUAGUCUCAAAAAUCCAAAACUCAGGGAGGAGCAAGAGGCAGCUCGACGUCGACAGCAAAGAGAAAUCAAGAGUAACACCACGACGCCCACAAAGGUCCAAGAGAGCAAGGACUAUGGUGCUGAAGAAGAGAGAAUCCCCGGGGCCAAUACCAUCAAAAAGCCAUCUCCGUCCAAAGCACGCAAGAAGAAGCUGAGCAAGAAGGGAAGGAAAAUGGCUGGCAGGAAGCGUGGGCGCCCCAAGAAGAUGAACAUUGUGAAUUCGGAGCGCAAGACCAAGAGGAACCAAACCGCGCUGGAACUUCUCCACGCUCAGACUGUUUCGCAGACAUGCCCAUCCUCUCCUCAGGAUGCUUACAGAUCACCUCGUAGCCCAUAUUACCAACUACCUCCUAAAGUGCAGCGGCAUUCAUCAAACCAGCUGUUGGUGACCCCUACACCACCUGCACUCCAGAAGCUGCUAGACUCUUUCAAGAUUCAGUACAUGCAGUUCAUGACGUACAUGAAGACUCCUCAGUACAAGGCAAACCUUCAGCAGUUGUUGGAACAGGAAAAGGAAAAGAAUACUCAGCUUCUGGGAAAGGCCCAAGACUUGUUUACUCACUGCCAGGCUCAGAAAGAAGAAAUCAAGCGACUAUUCCAGCAGAAAUUGGAUGAGCUGGGUGUUAAGGCACUGACGUACAACGACCUUAUCCAGGCACAGAAGGAGAUCUCGGCUCACAACCAGCAGCUGAAGGAACAGACCAAGCAACUGGAGAAGGAGAACGGUCAGCUCAGGAACCAGAGUUUGCACCUGCUGAAGGCCAGAUGUGAAGAACUGAAGCUGGAUUGGUCAACGCUGUCACUGGAGAAUCUGCUCAAAGAAAAGCAAGCACUGAAAAAUCAGAUCUCUGAGAAGCAAAAGCAUUGCUUGGAGCUGCAGAUUAGCAUUGUGGAGCUUGAGAAAAGCCAGCGGCAACAGGAGCUCCUGCAGCUGAAAUCGUACAUGCCGCCUGAGGAGCUGCCUGCCCAGCCGCGCCACAAGAACCACCACGGGCGCGAGGCAGAGCCCGACCAUGGCAUGUUCCACCCCGGGCUGGAGUGCUCCAAGUUCCCCGUGCCCCACGUCAACGGCUUGAGCCCUGAGCUUUCGAUGAAUGGCCACGCCACGUCGUACGAGAUCCACCACGUCCUCGGCAGGCCCUCUUCCUCCUCCUCCUCCUCCUCCAAGCAGGGCACCCCCCAGUACCCAGCUUCUCACUUGGACCAAGACAUUGUUCCUUGCACCCCGAGCCACAGCUGCAGGCAGAAGCUGGACAGGGCCUCCAGUUUGUCCUUGCCGGAUUACACCAGGUUUUCCCCGGCAAAGAUAGCCCUGCGGAGGCACUUGAACCAGGACCAUGUAGGGGCUGGGAAAGCCAUGCCUGCUGAGAACCACCAGAGGACUGAGCAUGCAAAAGAGAAUGGCCUGAUGUUCCCAAGCCCGGCGAUGUCGAACAGCAUAAAGAUGAGCCCUCAGGAGUCCCGGCCCUCUUCUCCAGCAGCCUUGCCUGGCGCUAAUGAGAAGGCUUUGCGCGAGAGGACGUCUGGGAGUAACGGGGAGACGAUCACCAGCCUUCCUAUCAGUAUUCCCCUCAGCACAGUGCAGCCCAAUAAACUCCCUGUUAGUAUUCCCCUGGCCAGCGUAGUCCUACCUAGCCGUGUUGAGAAGGUGAGAAGCACACCCAGCCCUGUCCACCAGAGCCGAGACUCCUUUUCAACACUUGAAAAACAGUUUGGUGCUAGUUCUCAAAACGGCAUUAGCAACGCUGCCAGCAGCAAGCCCCUGCCUUUGGCUACCUCAGGUUUUUCUUACAUGCCUGGCUCCCUGUCGGUCAAUGGGACUCUUCCAAGCAGCCCCGCCCAGGGGAACCACAGCAUUGUCCACUCGGCCCUGGAGGAUGUGUCCAGCUCGGGAAGCUUGUUCAACUCGACCGGGUCUCGGGGCUCCACGCCACAGCACCCUUCGUUGCUUCUGAUGCCCUCGCGGAACUCUGGGCAGAACUCCCCUGCCUACCAGCACUCUGCCAGCCCCAGGCUGAACGGGGUCUCCCAGGGCCUGGGGGGGGUGCUGCAGUACGUGGACUCUCAGAAGGUGUUUGCAGAAGGCGCCAGGGGAGAUCUGCAGCCUCCGGAGCCGGUUUUUUCUGACCCCGAAAGCGAGGGCAAGCGAAGAUUCAUCUUCACCAUCUCCCCGGCCACAGGGACCAUCAAGCACUCUCCGUCGAGCAAGCACAGUCCCCUCACGGCGAGCAUCCGGAUGGAGUGCAGCCAGGCCUACGCCCAGGAUGGGAAGAAGCGUGGCCGCAGGAAGCGCUCCUCCACGGGGACGCUGAGUGUGACUUCUGGGGUGUCACCAAAGCGCAAAUCAUUGCCCACGGUGGCCGGGCUCUUUGCUCAACCUUCAGGGUCUCCCCUCAAUAUCAACUCCAUGGUCAGUAACAUUAACCAGCCGUUAGAAAUAACCGCCAUUUCUUCCCCCGAAAACUCCCUGAAGAACUCUCCUGCCCCAUACCAGGACAACGAUCAGCCCCCAGUGCUGAAAAAGGAGAAGCCUCUUGGUCAGACCAACGGCAUCCAUUACUCGCCUCUGACCUCCGACGAGGAGCAGGGCUCGGAAGACGACCACAACAGCACCAGAAUCGAGAGAAAAAUCGCAACGAUAUCACUGGAAAGCAAAUCUCCGCAAAAGCCGAUGGAGAACAACAUCAGCUUAGCUGGGAGGAAACAGGCCAGUGACAACAUGAACAGUAGCAAGUGGAAGUCGACCUUUUCUCCAAUUUCUGACAUCAACCUGACCAAAACGGCAGACAGUCCUUUGCAGGCGUCAUCCCUGAGCCAGAACUCCCUUUUUGCCUUCCGGACACCCUCUGAGGAUGGCUUGGCCAGCGAUGCUAAGGCUGGAGCCCAUGUGAGGAAGCACGGGGCCACAUCCACCCCCGGCUCCGACGGGGUUGGCCAAACAAUAAACUCUGUGAAUGGAUUUGCUUACAACGGUGGGCUGUUGGCGGACCUUAGUUUACAUAGCUUUAUUGACGGUGCUUCGCUUCCACACAAAGCCGCUGAUGUGGCGGCGGCAGCAGCAGCGCUGGGCGGCUCCUCGCUGGGCUUCCUGGCGCAUCGGAGCAAAGAGGGCGGGGGCUCCGAGCUGAAUCCGUUCCUGAGCAAAAGGCAGCUAGAGAGCCUGGGAGGAGCCAUGGGAAAAGGGGAAGACUUAAACUGGCCUGGCGGUCUCAAAGGCAAAGACCCUGGUGAGCUGAGUGUCCGUUUGGGGGGCUCUUUGGACAAGGCCUCGGUGCUACAUAACAGCAAGGCUGGCAAAGGGCGGGAGAGGGAAAUGGAGCUCAAGAACGGCCACAACCUCUUCAUUGCCGCCACCGCUGUACCUUCUGGCGGCCUCCUCAACGGCAAAAGCCUCUCCUCGGCUCCCUCCACCAGCUCCCCCACCAUGGCCUCCUCUGGUCAGGCGCACCACCCCUUCUUGAACUCAUUAACCACUAGCUCGCAGUUCCCUCUCGGCCCCAUGGUGACAAACUCCUCGGUACUGCAGUCCUUAUUUAGUUCAAUGCCGGCUGCUGGCCUGGUCCACGUGUCGUCGGCCGCCACCCGCCUGACCAACUCACAUGCGAUGGGGAGCUUCUCCCCUGGGGUGACAGGUGGAACAGUUGGAGGUAUUUUUAACCAUGUGGUGCCUUCCGCCUCCUCCUCCUCCUCCUCGCCUUCCCUUCCCUCUUUCCCCUCCUCCUCUGCCGCCUCUCCCUCUCUCCCCUUUGGAGCUGCCCUCGGCAGCAGUGCCGUCUCCAGCUGCGCCGUGCUGAGCUUAAAUCCUCUGCAGGCGGCGGCUGGCUCUCCGUCGUUCCAUGCGCCCCCUCACUCAGCACCACCCAGCGAGGCCCAGCACGUUGGCCAUGCCACUGUGCGCUCCUCCUCCCUUCAUACCCCUCCUCCUCCUCCUGCUCCUCCGAAUGUUUCCCUGCCACCACCUCCUCCCCUGCUUGCUUCUAACUCUGAACCCCUCCUCCUGCAGAGCUUUUCCUCCCUGCCGGGCUCCGAGGCUUUCUUGCCGCCGUCUUCCUCCUCUGCCGCUAACUCCGCUUUGUCUAUUAAACUAGCUUCUCUUCAGCACAAAACCUCCCGCCCCUCCUUCACUGUCCACCAUCCGCCUCUGCCCCGCUUGGCACUGGCGCAAGCCGCCCCCGGGAUCCCGCAGUCCAACGCAGCUGCCGCCCCCGCUAUGUGGGUCACCCUUGGCAUGCAGUCUCCUUACGCUUCGCACCUCUCUGGGGUUAAGCCACGAUAACGAGCUCGGCUUAGCUUUUAAGCAUUUGUGCUCCAUAAGGUAACUAAGGACUUCUACCUCAACCCUACGUGACCUAUGCAAGGACAGCCUGGACCAACGUCUCUCAGCUUCCACUCGAAGGUGCUCACCUAGACCGCUUAAAGAGGGGGGGUGGGUUUCUGCUUCUCCACCCCCCAUUCCCUUCUCCUCUUUUACUACUGGACAAAAUAAAUCAAUAAAUGGCAAAACCAUUAAGUCAUAAUAACCAGAGGAAAGGGAAUGCUACUGUGAAUCUAAGUUAUAUAUCUGUCUAUAGAUACAGACAUCCAUCUAUCUAUCUAUAUCCAAAACCGCAGCAGGAAAUGCUCAGAAACGGCUCCAGUUUGUAUUGUUGAUAGUUUAGUUAUUUAUAUAUUUUUAAAUGUUUUAAAAAACAAACACAUAACACAGACAUCGCUCUGUAAUCUUUUUCUUUGGUGUGUGUGAGUGUUCCACCUGAAGUCAUAGAACUGGAAAGCAAAACAGAGAGAGAGAGAGAGAAGUGCAGGAUGACUUCCAACGAUGCCGCAACAGCUUCUCUCUGAAAGAAUAAGACGAAAAGGGAGUGGUGCGCACCAGCGGAGAUGCAGCAAAAGGCUUAUGAUCUUGGUGCUAUCCCUGCCCAGCAGAAACUGUUCCUCUCCGGUCUGAACCCAGGGUGCUUUUCCUUCCUCUUUUUGCAGGGGCGAGGGCAGGGAGAGGAGGCCUGGCUUUGGGUGUGGGGAUGGUCAGCCACGUGCCACAUUCAUAGACGUGACUGGCGCGUCUGAUUAUCCCACCCGCUCCCAUUAUCCCAACUGGCUGGUGGUUGUUAUUACUAUUUUUACCAUUAUUUGUUUUGUGUGUGUAGUUUUAAUGGGGAGGCUCAGAUUGGGGGGGGGGUUGUAUCCGACUCAGAAUUAGACCCACAGAAAUUAACUAAGCCACGGCAGUUGUGUCCGUUUAAUUUCUGCAGGGUCUCAGGCCUGACAGUAGAUACCUGCAACCUCCUGUUAUUGUAGAUCUAACAAUUGAUGUAAUGUAAUAAUGCACUUUGCAAGCAGGAAGGUGAUAAUCACACUCUUCUACCACCUCCUCCACCUCCCCUUCCAGCUUCCCAGUGGAAUUCAGCUAUGGAGCUUGUGGGAGACACAAUGCGGCCCCCUCCCUGUGAAACAGGUGCUGAGGCGCACACACACAGGUGCAUUUUUAAAAUUUGUGUGUGUGUGUUGGGGGGGGGUUGCACUGCCUUAACUGUGUGAAAGCCAGAGGGGGUUUGCAUUCAAAAUUAAGAGGGCUGAUCCGCUGGUGGAAAAAAUCCACUGGCUGCGGGCACAGGCAGUUAUUAAAAUGAUGCUUGCCUUUCCAGUGGGGCAGCUCCCUUUGGCUAAUCAAGUAUUGAAAAACCUUUUACACGCAAAGGGGGCGUGUGUGCUGUAGGGCAAUCACCCACAUCUGUUCUGGCUCUUUCUAGCCCAGUUUCCUUCUGUUUUGAACCUCAGUCAUGUUCUUUUCCUCUUUUUAAAUUUUUUUGACAUGCCAUCUUUCGGUUUUUGCAGUGUCCUGGGGGAUCUUUUCCUUGUGCGUUGCUGAGUUCUCGCAAGGUGGGACCAAAUGGUCGAGCUUGUGUGUGGCUUCUCCUUCACUUUGGGGGGCGCAUAUGCCAGGCGACCACUAGCCAAUUCGCUGCUUUGGGUCUUAGGAAGCAAAGAUGCCCCCCCACUCCCCGGUGCCCUUUGCCCUCUCCCUAUUCUCUUAGAAUAUUCCCCCAAGACUCACUUGCUCGGACGGCCCUGGGGCACCCGCAUCCAAAGCACAGGGCUGCUGUGCCAGGUCAGACUCUUUGAACUGAAAAAAACCAGACAGCUGAAUCUUACGCUGGCAUAGGCUGCUCUCAACCCUUUCUGUUUUAUUUUUUGGGCUGGGAUUCCUCACACGUGCUUUUGUCGUUGAUGUCGUUAGCAAGAUUUUUUGAUACUUGAUCGAGAUGCAGCUCUGUACGUUUUACCAACUUUUUAAAAACUGGGCUUGUGUCUUUCUGUGGUUGGUUGUACUGCUUUUGCUUUAAGUCGGGCUUUUCAUAUGCUGUUUCACGCACAGUAGAAUUAACACACCCACAUUCUGCAAUCAAACGUAAUUUUUGUAUCACACCUAAACAUUGGUGCAUUUUUUAAAAAAUAAAUAAAUUGUAGUUUGUGACGGGUGAUCAGUGCAUAGGAUUUUUUUUUUAAAGGCACAAGGCUUUCUGGGAAUUGACAAGUGUUUCAUAGAGACGUGACCAUUUUUUUUAAGUGUAUGCUUCCCACUUUUUUCAUUAGAUUGUGUUCGUAGUAAAAUUGGAAGGGGGAGAUGAGAGGUGGCUUUACUUACUCAGGCACGUUUAAAAGCUGAGGAGGGGAGAAGGGAAGAUUCCGUGUGGGGAUGCGGAUCCUGGCUCUACAGAGAGCAAGAGGAGCUGUGAUCAUAACGACAACAUAAAUGAAGUUUUUGGCAGGGCGAGGUACAAAGUCGUUGGUGGAGCUGUGUUUGUAGAAAGCCAGCUUCUGAAAGGUGGUUUAGGAAGGGUCAGGAGACGCUUGGCAUCUUGAUUCCAUUUCUGACAGCUUGGGACGGCAAGAUUCCUCCCCCUUUCCCCUCCUCCAAUCUCUGUGUCACUCCAGACGUUUGGGGCUAGAACUCCCCUCAGCCCCAGCCAGCGUCCAGAACCCCUGGACAGGCCUCAGACUGAGGAGGAGGAGAUUACCCUGUUGGAAUUAAUCCUGUGUUCCCCCCUCCUCCUGUUCACACACUACCCUCUUGAGAGAGAAAAAUCUUUGGUCCUUCUCCAGUAUUUAAAGCCCCCACUUCCUCCCUCUCUCAAUGCACUCCUUCAUUCCAGUUUCUGCUGCCUUUAUACCAACUGGAGCAGAAGUGGAAAGUAUCUGAAGUGGGGUGGGAGAGAGAUCUCCCUGGUGCCCCCGUAGAAGGGCUCCUUAUAAAUGCUGCUCUGCACAUCAGAUUUGCCAAUAAAUCAUUGAGGUGAACUGGGAUGUAGAGGCCUUGAACAGGAUAUUUUUCCUUCCUUCCAAACACCAUGUUUUUGCAGAAAAUCUUUCCCUAAUCAGUGUGGUUCGGUUGCCAAAAUUCUUGAGCUCCCAUCUUGCUUGGAUAAACCCGGGUGGCCACCUGUCCUGUCCUGAGCUUGGCAGUGGCAGGAGCUCUCCGUUCCCAGAGGUUUUCCAGCAACAAUCCAGAUUCUGUUCCUUGCCUUCCAUGCUUGGACAUAUUUCCUGGCAGCUCUUCUGUGAGUGCAAGUCAUUGACCUGCAAAUUGCCACUUGGGGAAAGCAAGGAUAUGGGUCGGUGGGUUGCGCGCUCUCUCCUUGCCCUUAGUCGUGGCAGGUUCUCUCUCGCUUGUCCCCCAAGCACAAAGCUGGGUUAGGAAGAGUCAGGAAACAUAUCCUCACUAAGGGGGGCUAUUUAUUUGAAAAAAUGGUGCCUGAUUUCACGCCGUUGUCCUGCGGUCUCUGGAUUGCCUGUGAACUUCCAAGAUGCGUACCCCCUUCUCCUGGCUAGCUGUGGGGAGGGGAGCAUUAGGAGUGCUGUAAAGAGGGCUAACCCCCUUCCCUUCCACACUUUCCCUGUUAGUUCUGCAGGGUAGGAACAGAAUCCUUCAGAGAGGAGGAGCCCCCGCCUUGCUUGCCUGCCUGCCUAUUUACAGCCAGGGGGCAUCAGUGCCUGUCUUUGGCUCUCUUUCCACCUACUGUUUGCCCCCUGCCUUCCUCCCCUACCAGAGUUGACCUCUAUUCCGCAGCCUUUUUGUAUAUUAACAGUCUUAAAAAUUGAAUGUUUCGUUUGGGUCAGGCUGGAGUGGGGGCCAAAUGGUCUGCCAAAUUCCACCGCUCUGCAGCUCCAGAGCCUCUCCGUCAGGGUGUCCAGCCAAACAGGCGAUGAGGCUGGGAGGGCCCACGCUUCUUGGUAGCGAAGCAUUUCGAUUAUGGUUUUAUUUAAAAAACAAACACCCAAGGUAAGCCUUCAGCAAAGCCAGAUUGCCUGCUUAAUUAGCUGUAUGUUCAGACUCGAGGGCAGUGAGGCAAUUGCAGAAAGUCCUAUUAGGAUGACCUCACCUGAAGCUUGCUUUAUUCCACCGUGGGCUUCCUAAUUCCUUGCUGGUGCCGUCCAUUUGCGAGAACUUAAUGGCCAUUUUUGUGAUCUGUGGCUGCUGGCGGACGUUUUCCUCUCUACGCAGAUUGCCAGAGGGCCAGCACUUCUGAUGCAGAGAUGGGAUCUUUGAGGCUCUGCAGUCGCCACUUUUGACGUGCCGAUUCACCUCUGUACUGGGUGAAAAUUCACUAGAUUGAUGGGAUUGGCUGCUGGUGUUUCCCUUCAUAGGUGCUAGAUGCAAAAACUAAGGUGCUUGACUGGUGUGUUUCCCCUCCUGGCGGGGGGGGGACAUUCCUUUACCCAGAAGAGGCCACCAACUAGACCAUGGUUACUGCUGCAAUCUAACAUUUUUCAGGAGGGCAGCGGUAACUAAUUCAGAUGCACAUGCUUUAAAACCGUGACCAUUUCUGGUGCAGAAUAUGGUGCUAUGUGUGUGUGUGUCUGUGUGCUUCCCUGGAUAAUCAGGGACCCACUGAGACUGUCUUAGACCAGGCUUCACCGGCUUGGGACCCUCGAGAUGCUUUGGACUUCAACACCCAUCAUCUCCAACAUCUGGAAGGAAGGGCGUCUUCCAGCUACAGAUCUAGGUGAAGAAAUUAUAGCGACCUAGCAUGCUCGAAGAUCUGUCUAGCUUAGAUCAACGCCUGAGCUGUGAGCUUGAUGGCACCCUUUCCGUGUAGUGGGGGGAGCAUACACACUUGCUGUCUGAACCCCUUGUGCUUUUUUUUUUUCCGCUCCUAGCUUUAGGCUCCUGUGUUUUGGGUCUGUGUUUGGGUAUUUGGGUCUGACGCAUUAGUGAUCUUAAGCACACGCGCAAGGCUUUCUUUUUUUAAAAAAAUUGGAAUUGACCGCAAAUGAUGGACUGUGUGUGCAGUGGGUUAAAUUGGAGGUUUGGUUUGAGGUGGUGGUGUACUUGUGACGAUAUAUGUGUGUAGCUGUCUGUCUGCGUGCUAUUGCAGCAGCAGCAAUAAUGGGAGACGUUUGCAUUCAAUGGUCUUAGCUCAUUUUAAAGCACAGAAUUGCUUCAAAGUCAAGGCAUGGGGGGGGGACUUCUGGGGCAGAGGGGGAGUAACCAUGUAUUGUCCCCAGAAGCAUACUGACGAAAAGACCCGCAGGGGAAUAAGUUGCCUUUCGCCGAUUAAAACUACUCUUUCCAAUCAAUUUAACAGCGACCAAGUAAACACAAUAAAUUUCAGUCGAAACGGUGGGCCACAGCCUACUCUUAAAGUUUUUAAAAUCAGCCCUAUUGGAUUCUUAAUAUCUGGCAAGAUCUUUUUUUAAAAAAAAAACUUGCUUGCUUGACUAGGAUAGGAAUCUGUGGUACCCUGAAAGAAGGGGGUGUGUGGUGGUGAGAGGGACACUCAUUUGACCAAAAAGGGAAAAAAAUAGUUUUGCAGGGUUAUUUGCGGGCAGGAACAGGUGAUCAUUUUGCAAACCUGGUUCAAGCUAAAGGCCUUCCUCCAUGGAAAUAUUGGAAGGUCAUGAGGAUCUUUAUUCAGUACUUGGCAAUUCUAGAUUUCCUUACAUUAAUAAUGUACCUGCAGGUCAUCUCCACCCACCCACCCAAAGAUCAGUACCUUUUAAAAAACUAGCCCUGUUCACUCUUCUCGCCUGAUGGGAUGGCAAUCUAUUUAUUAUAAUUAUUAUUUUAACGAGGUUAAGGGAAGGUUGGGUAGAGCAGCCUAGUUGAUUUAUGCUGCUCCUUUCCACGUUCCGCGUUUUUUGAGCCUUUGAGAAAGCAUGCUUUGCAAAAGAGCCCUUGGACUGGUUAAGGAGUUUCCUAAUGAUGCUCCACUCCCCCCUCCAAGGAGUGGGACAUUUUGCCUUGCUUAAGGGGAAAUUCAGUCAGUGAUGGAAAUUGCUGCUGCUCAGGAAUAAUUUGUAAAAUGUAAAAAAAAAAAAAUCAUAAUCCGUUUGUAAAUGGAUUGAAGGGAGUGCCCAUUUUCUUAGAGGUGGCAAUAUGAGAUGUUCUUUCCUAGGAACUUGAUUUGUAUACAUUAGCCCAUGAAUAUGAAAUUUAUUUAAAAUUCAUACUCUCCUCUUAAUGUAUCUUGGGGUUGUUUUUAAACUUUGCUUCAUAAAUUUGAUUGGUCAUUCUUCCAUAGAUUCAUGUGAGAUCUUCUGGUGUGUGUAUAUAUUUAUGUAAUAAACUUAUCUAUAUAUUUCUGCCUUUCCCAUUCUCUGCACUGCAAAAAUUUAUCUUUCUGUUCUAACGCCCACUUCAAAUCUCCCCAUUUCACCUUGAUUUGUAAUUGAAAAAAAAAUGGCUUUGAAGUUUGUCUUUAUAUUAAAAAAAAUGUAUGUAUUUUAAU